CUCUGAAGAGUGGUGAGUCAGAAGAGACCUCAGGCAGCAAGCGACUUGGGCCAUGGCCUCUGACCUAGACUUCUCACCUCUGGAGGUGCCUGAGCCCACUUUCCUGGAGAACCUGCUAUGGUACGGACUCUUCCUGGGAGCCAUCUUCCAGCUCAUCUGUGUGCUGGCCAUCAUCAUACCCAUUCCCAAGUUCCACGAGGUGGAGGCUGAACCAUCUGAGCUCAGAAGUGCUGAGGUGACGAGGAAGCCCAAGGCUACUGUUCCUUCUGUGAACAAGAGGCCCAAGAAAGAGACCAAGAAGAAGCGGUAGAAGAGGAGGCCCGA